CCUCAAAGCCGCAGCACAUGGAGGACAAGACUAGAGCUCCUCGCCCUUAUUUCCCGUCAUUCAGUCCGUUCUUUUCUCUCAACCUAACUCCACCAUUUGCUUGGGCCGUCGUCCAUCCUUCAAUCCACCCAUCCAUCCCCCUCCAGGCCCUUGUACGCACCCAUCCACACUGUUCGAAUAGCAGGUCCGACCAUCAGCAAAAGAAUAUCAACGCAUGGGGGUUUUGCGGCUACACUUUACUCAGGCAGCCUUUGCACGAUAGUUUCGGUCGAUGCGCAUCGCCAAAAGCCACGACCCUCAAGAGCAACAAAAGAAACCCUGAAGGGUCUAUUGAAGUGCCUUGACUGCAUACCUUACCUUGACUACCUACUCUUACUCCUUGGCCUGUUCUAUCUGCUCUGUUUUUCCAGAGCCCCCAGCAGUUCGCCCCGCCGACUGCCACGCCGUCGCAUGCUUCACCUCCGCCACCGCCCAAACCGACACCAAAGUCUACACUGAAGGCUCUGCCAACCGUGCGCGACCAUACGACCGACCAGCUAGUCCCCGGCGGCGAUGAAUACAUACCACGCGAGACAGACGAGGCAGGGGAGAAGAAGGUCAUGCCAAAUGGUCAGCUAACCGGAGGUCGUGAAUACAAAUGCAGAACAUUCUUGGUCCCGAAUCGGGGAGACAAGCUUUUUAUGCUCGCCACGGAGUGUGCGCGUGUGUUGGGGUACCGAGACUCCUACCUUCUGUUUAACAAGAAUAGGUCUCUGUACAAGAUUAUCGCCAGCCAAGUGGAGAAGGACGACCUGGUCAACCAGGAUGUCUUGCCGUUCUCAUACCGCUCCAGGCAGAUCGCCAUUGUCACAGCUCGCAGUAUGUUCCGGCAGUUUGGUAGCCGCGUCAUCAUGAACGGACGGAGAGUUCGGGAUGAUUAUUGGGAAGGCAAAGCCAGGAAGCAAGGUUUCACAGAGGCGGAUCUGGCAGGCGAGAAGAGGCCGGGCGGAGGAAAAGUCAGGGAGGCUCAAGAAGCCGCGCAAGCAGCCCAGAAUGCAGCAUUGAUGGGGCCGCCGCAGGGAGAAAUCGUCUACAGCAACACCGGCCACUACGGCGGCGCGCCGCAGGCUCCUCUCAUUCAACCAGGUAUGAUUGGAGCCCCCGCCGGGUCCUCGACCAGAAUGCCUGUAAUAACACUAGGACCAGAAUACACGGAUACCCGGAGCCGCGACUAUACCUCCAACGUACUCAAAGCACCUCGCCAGGAAAUUACUGGCCCCCCUUACCAGGACAGGAUCCAGCCGUCGGCCAUUCCAGAGCUCCACGCUCAGGCUCACCACGCUGCCGAUUUCAACCGUGGAAUCAACCAGCAGCGUGAGAUGCGAACCAACUACAUGCAGGAUGUGUACCGCCGGCCUCAUGAGCAGCCUCCUUCUUUGACAAACGUCAUGAGCCAAUCCGUAGGGAGCUCUGAUACGUCUCUGCCGCCAACGAGCAGGGCAUCUCAUCAAAGCAAUGCCACAUCAGGGCUACAGCAACCACACCAAACUGCAUCCACGCAGUCAAACCAAGGGAGCCUUGCUAGCCAAAGCCCUCAGCUCAUGAUGACGGCAGCGCCUUACUCCCAGCCCCUGACCUCUCAGUCUCAGAUACAGCCGCGUCUAGGCUCCUCGGGCGGCUUGCCAUCUGGUGGGCAGGGUUACAACUACCAACAGUCGAACAGCAGCUGGCCGCAGACGCCACAGACGCCCCAGUACAGCUACAGUCACCCGGGCCAGACGCAACAGUCGCCUCAUCAACAACAAUCCCAGCAGACAUCAUCUUCGCAGCAGCAACUACGACAGCAGCCAUCGAACCAACAGAGCAGCACCAUGCCUUACUCGGGCAUGCCGGGGAUGGCUCAAGGCUACACGACAGGGACUAUGAACCACGGACUGCCGUACGAUCAGACUCCUCGACAGUACAUGCACCAGACACCUGCGGCAGCCCCAGCAGUCACACAGUCCUGGUCUAGUCAGCCUCAAGCAAGCUGGCAAGGAUGGGCUGGACAGCCGCAGUGAUUAUGACUGGCUUGUCAACAUUGACUUGUUGAAUGCCCCUACCGAUCACGGUAGCCGUGCUCCAACGGUACCAAAACUGGGCGCUACGCGAGAGGUUCAUCAACUUUAGUUGGAAGAGCACACGGCUGUUCGUCACUGUCUCUAGACCCAUUAAGUUCCCGAGCUUAGCCGAUCAAAACGAUGCGGCCAAACCACAACACGCGAAUCAUUAUCGAUGCCUACACUUGAGGCCGAGUCUUCGCCGUGAAUAAAAAAUUGCGGCAAGAUUACCAUCCUCAAAAUUUCUCUGUAUUUCCUCGAUUGCCUACACCCGACUUAUUCCCUCGUCGAUAUUUUUUUGUGGAGGAUUCUUGCCUUUUUUUUUUCUUUCUGGGUAUAAAUGCAUGGAUCCUUUUUUUUUCAAACACGAUGCCCUGCUCGUUUGGUUCGGCUGUUCGGGGGACAGCUUGGGCCAUAGGGCAUCACGUACCAGGACCUAUACUCGUUGGGAAGACUGGUCUGAUAUGUUGCCUAUGAAGUGGGAAAUUCGAGGCUCAAGAACCAGUUUGAUGGCUUCUUGACUUGUUUUGUCUAUUGUGGUUUCACUAUCACGGCUUUUUGGUCGACUCAUUUCUACAGUGGUCUUGGGUUCAGUACAGGACCUACUCUUGUUUUCUUUUCUUGUCGAAUUUGUGCCUUUUCCCGCAACGAUUUUGUAUUCCCCUCGAGCACUUGCUGUCUUUGGUUUCAGAUUAUCUGCUUUGCUUACUUGUUUGAUAUCGGGCAUCAUUCGGAGGAGUUCUUCGCUCUUGGGCACACCUUUUUUUCCUUAUUCUUUUUCUUGACUUUGGUGUAUCGCUUUUAUACAAUUGUUAGUCGUUUCAGGAUACCUGUGCACCCUUAUUGAGGGAGGGUCGUGGCAUGUUUUUUUUUAUGUUUGUUGCGGUGAGUUUGGAUAGUUAUGUCGUGGUUUGGUUUUCUUUUUUCUCAGUCUGGCCACAGGAAGGUAUACCGGUUGCAUACAGGUUUUUAUUCUAGUAUUGAGCUCGUGUUUUUCUAUUUCUUUGCGCGCGAGUUAAUUGCUUAGCGGACCUUCGAGUCUGAUUGGAUAUAAGAUGGAAUUUGGUACUGGCUGGCAAUUAUCAUCUGGACCGAUUCCUCUGUUUGUCUUUUGUCAAGUAUUAUUAAAUUUUCUCUUCUCGUUGAAUAUCUCAGAAUUUUAUUCUUCUUGC